AUGGGUCGAAGAAUCCAAGUGGCUGUGCGUGUCCGACCUGGUAAAAGUGGCCAAUCGUGUGUCAGCAUUGUAGGUGAGCGUGAAAAGAAUGUAGUGAUAUCAGAUCUUUCUGAAACACACGCGAACAGUGUUCCCCGUAGUUUCCGUGUGGAUCAAGUUGUAACAGAAGAUUGUACCAACGAAGAGCUGUUUCGUAAUCUUGUUAUGGAACGUGUUAUUUCCUCUGUAGAGCAUCCCGAUACAUCUUGUUUUUUGGCCUAUGGACACACAAGUAGCGGUAAGACUCAUACAAUUGCUGGUUCAAACAAAGAGCCAGGACUCUUGUCCUUUUCAGCAAAAGCAGUUCUAGACACUUAUGGUGUAGCUGAAGUUGCCAUGUUAGAAGUAUAUGGUGAAUCUGUGCAUGAUCUGUUGGCACAAGGUGAAAGGCGUUUAAUCCGCCGUCGUUCAAGUCCUGAUGGAACAGUAAUAGUAGUAGAAGAUUUAACAACAUGUUUGCUUUCUUCUAUGGAGGAGUGGGAAGCCGUCUCACGGUUUGGAAUGCAGACAAGAAGAGUAUCUCCCACAGAGCGAAAUCCACGUAGCAGUCGUAGUCAUGCUAUUUUCACCAUCAAAAGUCGAGGUCUACGCCUUUGUCUAGUUGACUUGGCAGGAAGUGAGAGGCAAACAACUUAUUCUCCUCAGUUAAAUAGAGAAAGUAUUGCUAUUAAUAAAUCACUUUCUCGUCUUAGUACGGUAUUAGAAGCUCUUAGUACUACGCGAAUGAAGGCAGAUGGCACUACCUCUUAUGUUAAUUUUCGGGAUACAACCUUGACUGUUCUACUACAACGUUAUCUUUCUGGAGCCUCUAUGACUGUAUUUCUCGCUUGUAUUCAUCCAGACUCUGAAUAUUUUCAGGAAACGAUGAGCACAAUGCGGUAUACACAACGUCUCAAACACAUUAAAACUAAAGUUGCACCACGAAACCCAAGCCAAGAUAUGAGUUUAUUGAAAUCAGGAGAACGUCAAGAUUUACUAGCUGAGUUAAUGUUAUUACGUAAAAUUGUGGAAGGACAAAAACAAGAGCAGCAACAUCGUCAGAAUAAUUUCACCACUGAACUUGGUGAGACACAGAGAGAAGGAAUUGAUAACAGUCCACGUUUGGGUUAUUUAAUUUCAGCUCAAGACUCUUCAUCACGUGGAGACGUUGCUAAAACUGAUACUUUUGCUGCAGAAAGCCGUCAACGUCUUUUACGGUCUAAAGAUACAAAACGUGUGGCUGGUUGGCUUCUCAGUCGAAUUCUUGGUGAACUUCCAGAACUUUCUGUUGGGUUUGAUGAUUAUUUUGACUCUUAUCUGCCUCCAGAGGUACAAGUGGUAGGUUAUGUUUCUGUCAUGGCUUGCCUAGCACCGCGUAAUGUUAAUGAGGCCGUAGAGACUUUAGCUUUUCUAGAUGUUGGUGAUAUUGCAAUGGGGUUAUCAAUGCUUGAUGCCGGUAUUCCCGCAUGUGUAGGACUUCACCGACUUAACUGCAAAAAUACUGACUCAUGGGAGGCACAUGAAUAUGAUGAUCACAACAAAGUUUUUGUAUUAGCUUUUUUUGAAAUUGGUAGUUAUCUGGUGGAGGAAAUGGGUGCAACAUGUGAUGCAUUUAGUUGCUGCAGGGGUCUCUUAACCCUUGAACCGCUUGUACCUGUAGCGAUAGUGCUUUGUACUCCAUUUGAUGCAUCUGAUGAGUUAAAAGAGAACAUACUGCGGCACCUUAUAACGCUUCAAGGUGAACAAGAUAGUGUACUGGAGACUGCUACACUGGGAUCACCAAUGAUGUCCCCUCCUAUUGUGAAAGGUGCCGAGUUAUUUCACUCUCUAAGCGACUUAAAUACUGCUGUACUGCGAGAAGGUUCUUACUCUUGUCAAGACUAUGUUAAAAAUCUUGCCUCUUCUGAAAAUACACCUAGCUCACCAACUGCGGCACUUGCAAAAGAGAUAGAGCGACAGGCACAACAUCAAUCACAAUUAUGUUCACCAUUUCAAGAACCGACAUCAGUAACUUCAGUGGAAGAAGUUCCCAGACAUUGUAAACAAAGUUCUACAAGGUGUCAUAUUCGGACAUUUAUGAUAUCACCAUCUUCAUCUUCAUCGUCGUCAUCAUCAUCAUCGUCAUCAUCAUCAUUAUUUGAUGUCGAGAUAAACAGGUCAUUAGCUUCAUACGAGAAGGAAGUGGAAGAGGAAGAAGAAAAAGAACAAAAAGAAGAAGCACAGAUUCAACUACCAUCAACUUGCAAAAGCCCCCCGUAUCGGAAUAUUGAAGUAUAUUGCGAUAAUAGUACAACUGAGAGUAUUGUUUCCCAAAAUGGUACUUUAGAUGAGAGAUCUGCUUCUCUAACGGAUGUGUGCCUAGAUGUUAAUGCUGGUGCUGCAUCAUUGUUGAACCAGCAGCUGGUAUUUUCUAGUGCGAAUAGAGUGACAAGUCCCCAGUUUCCUCCCUCGAAAGUCUUUGAAUCCAACCAGAAUAACAAUAUCAAUAACAAUAACAAUAAUCCAGGCUCUUUGUACGGUGAGAUUCCUCCUGUUUCUGUUGAGGCUCCGUUAGAGGUAGACAAGAGCAAAAAGAAAAAAAAAAAUAAUCAUAGAAAGCGUGCACCGGUGACACAGGGUUGUCACACUUGUACGGUACUAUAG